AUGGCCAGCGCGGGGCUGCAGCUGACCGGCUACUUCUUGGCGCUGGCCGGCUGGGCGGCCGCCAUCUGCGCCUUGGCGCUGCCCCAGUGGAAGCAGAGCUCGUACGCGGGGGACGCCAUCAUCACGGCCGUGGGUCUCUACGAGGGGCUGUGGAUGAGCUGCGCCGCGCAAAGCACCGGGCAGGUGCAAUGCAAGCUGCACGAGUCGCUGCUCUCGCUGGACGUUCACAUCCAGACGUCUCGGGCCCUGAUGGUGGUCUCCAUCCUCCUGGGCUUUGUGGGGACGAUUGUCAGCGUGACCGGCAUGAAGUGUACCAAAGUGGGAGACCAGAAUCCCGUGGCUAAAAGCUGGAUUGCCGUCUUGGGAGGCGUCCUUUUCCUCCUGGCUGGGCUGUGUACAGCCGGGGCCGUUUCGUGGUACGCCUCACGCGUGACCUACGAUUUCUUCAACCCCGGCACCCCCAUGAAUGCCAAGUACGAAUUCGGACCCGCUCUGUUCGUGGGCUGGUCGGCCGCCAGUUUGCUGAUCCUGGGGGGCAGUUUCCUCUCCUGCUCCUGCCCCAAACCGGAGGAAAGGCGGCAGCAGCAAUAUUACCGCCAGUCGCAACCUUCGACAACCACGACAACGAGAGAGCCCCCCGUCAAAAGGGGCAACCAGUGCGUAUAACACCUUCCGAUAUGUGAAGCCCAAGAAGGUGGUAGUAAAGAUCUUAAAAUAAUUUUAAACUUAAAAUUAGUUUUCCAACAUUCAGGGUGUCUUUUUUUGUGUGGGGGGGAAGUGAAAGGCAGAAAAGGAAACCGCCGUUUUUGGUAGAAUAAAACCGCUUUUUAACU